UUGUUGUUUUGCUCUCCAGUUAGCCCGCGGUUGAUAGUCAAACCACACGCUGUAUAUCUAAGGUCAUUUGAGGGCGAGAGUGAAGUGAACAUGAAUAUAACAAUCAAGGGUGGUGUUCCAAAACCAAUGGUACGUAAGCUUACUGCUUUGCGGUGACGAAUAUAGACUGCCUGUUGUUGUUGUUGUUGUUGUUGUUGUUGUUUUGGAUGAAAUAAACAAACAAACCAACAAAGUCAUCGUUCGUUUUCCCAUUGGAACUUUUGUUACCCUUAUGCCUGAAUCAUCACCUUGGGGCCUUAUGCUAAACCUUGUGUAACGCAAACUCACCAAAAAUGCUCCUAGCUUCAAUCAAAUAUAGAAGCAGUAAAAUUUAUUUAGUCCAAAUGGAAUACUGUGAAUACAGAUUGAAAAACUUUGGCACUUGUUCAUUAGCCUGUUCCAGGCGUUUAAAUCGUGGAGCGCGGCGUUUAGAUGGGGAGCGAGUUAAAUCGUACGUGGGCAAAAUGAGGGGAAGAAAAGAAUCGAGGGGAGACAAGUCUUCCCAAUUCGUUUUCUUUUUUCCUUGUCAAUUUUCUUGCCCGAGCUCUAUCUAAAUGCCUGGAACAGACUACUUGUUGACUGCAGCAAUAUUAAAAAGAUGCAACCGCUUUGAAUUACCCUGCGAGCAGAGUCUAUCUAGGAAGAUCGAAGGAGACUCUUUUGAAUUGACAGAGAUAUAAAGUCUUGUUUUGUUUCAUAGUUGUAUUUGUAAACUUAUAGCAUCUUUUUAUAGGAGGCUUUACUGAAUUUUUAGCGUUAAAAAUUAGAGCCGAGGCUGCUUUACGGAGGGGCUGACUUUUGAUACUGUAUAUCUACAGUUGGACGAUAUGGAAUGGAAAAAGGGAAGUCAGUUAUUGACACCCUCUCGAUACGGCCGCGUGAUACUGGAGACGUCCCUGAAUAAAAAAGAGGAUUGGUUCACUGUUCUAAUAAUUAGAAACCUGAAGGAAUCAGACUCUGGAGACUACACUUUCACUGUUAAAACAGGACCAGCAACUAAAGUGAUGACAAAAAGCCUGGUUGUAAUUCCCAAA